GCGGGGAACCAGCGCUAGCGACAAUCGAGGCUCGAGAGUGUGGCUGGUACAACACAGACACCCGCUAUCGGCCUCUGCGCCUGCUGCGGAAAUCAGGCUUGUUUCAGGCCGACUGUCAGUGUUAUCUUUACUGGGGCCCAUGGCGUGAAGGUCACAGUACAUCUGGUGGCGGUGAUGCGACUACGGAACAGAGCUAGAAGGCGCUCCGAAUAAUGCGAUCUGCCUGUUCUACCCCCCUGCUGGAGAUUCGCGAGGCACAAGUGUUGUGUUGUGCGUCUCUUUCGGCCGUGCCCCCCUUUGCCGUCGUUCUAAUUGCGACGCUUCCCGAGUCCAUGUUCCGAAACCUCCUGUUCUCGCCGGGUCGUCUUUGGACUUUUCGCCUCUCUUCCGUGACUCAGCUUACGCCAUCCUCCAGCGCCCGGCUAAAGAUUUUUCAGCGCGGCCCAACUGUGGCAGUACAUCGCACUAUGCCGUGGGCCGCGGCCGGUAGCUGGGCUCUUCUCGACAAACGGCGAGUGGAGCGUGGAGGCUGCGGAGCGCGAAAUCUCGGGCGGAAACGGAAGGCUAGUCUGGAACAGGCAUCCAUCUGAAGCUGUCCGUCACUUUGUCGCACUGGCAGAACCAGGGAGCAUUCCGCGCACGCGACAGAGAAAGGUGGGCGACCGCCGGCGCUGAUGAGACGCCCGCCGUCAGUACCCAACAAAUCCUCAGCGCUGAUUCGUACCUUGCGAGAAAAACCGUCUGCUCU